AUGGAGAAAGAACUAAAGAAACAUUCGCCGGUUCCUCUGAAAGAAUUAAAAUUUCAGUGUGAAUUAUGUGGAUUAAACUGCAGUAAUACAAAAGCUUCAAAUAGGCAUUUAUCUUGUCAUUCAUUUUUAAAACCACAUGCAUGCGAAACUUGUGGAAAAGUGUUCAAACGAAGAAGUCAUUUAAAAGCACACACAAACGUUCAUAUGAAAGAUAAACCUUAUGUAUGUGAAGUCUGUAGUAAAGCAUUGAACAGCAGAAAUACAUUAAGGCAACACUACCGUAUCCAUACAAAAGAGAAACCUUAUGUCUGUGCAGUCUGUAAUAAAGCAUUCGCCCGUACCUCUAAUUUAAAGGUACAUUUGCGCAUUCAUACGAAAGAACAACCUUAUAUUUGUGAAGUUUGUAGUAAAGCGUUCACCCAAAGAGGUGCUUUAGCGGAACAUUUACGUGUUCAUUCGAAGGAAAAGCCUUAUAUCUGUGAAGUCUGUGAAAAGCCUUUCUCACAAUUAUCUAACUUAAGAACACAUUUGCGCAUUCAUACGAAAGAACAGCCUUAUGUUUGUGAAGUUUGUAGUAAAGCGUUCACCCAAAGAGGUGCUUUAGCGAAACAUUUACUAGUUCAUUCGAAGGAAAAGCCUUAUGUCUGUGAAGUCUGUGAAAAGCCUUUUUCACAAUUAUCUAACUUAAGAACACAUUUGCGCAUUCAUAUGAAACAACAGCCUUAUGUUUGUGAAGUUUGUAGUAAAGCGUUCACCCAAAGAGGUGCUUUAGCGGAACAUUUACGUGUUCAUUCGAAGGAAAAGCCUUAUGUCUGUGAAGUUUGUAGUAAAGCGUUCACCCAAAGAGGCGCUUUAGCGCAACAUUUACGUGUUCAUUCGAAGGAAAAGCCUUAUGUCUGUGAAGUCUGUGAAAAGCCUUUCUCACAAUUAUCUAACUUAAGAAGACAUUUGCGCAUUCAUACGAAAGAACAGCCUUAUGUUUGUGAAGUUUGUAGUAAAGCGUUCACCCAAAGAGGCGCUUUAGCCAAACAUUUAAGUGUUCAUUCGAAUUAA